AUGGAGCACAACGAAGGCGCGGCAGUCGGCUCCCGCAGCAGGACUGAGUUCUCGACCAUCCGGCAUGACGGCGAAAGUGCGGUGAGCAUUCCUCUCCGAUCAUUCCUGCGGAUCUUCCGUCGCCUCUGCGAAGACGGCAUAUCGUUUCUCGCCCCCCCUUCCUCGCGCCGGAUCUGGAGGCUGCCCCUUCUGGUUUUCUCCGCUGUCGGCUGGAUUUCCUGCUCCGCUGGUCAUCUUGGCAUCGAGUGGUGCUCGGAUCGGCCAGAUUCGUUGUGAAUAUUGCGUUCGCGAGAUAGUGCAUUUCUCAGGGUUUUUUUCCCCUUCUUCUUCUUCUGGAAAACAGGAGGCCAUCUCUUCUUCUCACCGUAGAAACGCCCGAGUACCAUUGGGGAAUGUGCUAGGAAAAUGCCUCAAUUCUAGUGCUCAUCAAUUCCAUCGAAUCUGUAAAUUUCCCUGGGAUCAUAGUCCCUCGAAUCAGCCCUCCGCGAUACCUAGCUUAAGAAGACGAUCUUUAACAGAUUGCCCUGCGGUUUCUCUCAGCGACGGCAUUUCAGGGCCUUCGCACGAAUGAUCGACUCGACGACCCCAAUGAUUCUUCACAACGUCUCUCAAGCCGGUUUCCACUCUUCUUGCGCAGGUUUCUGGGGAGAUUCCCAUGACCACCCCCGAUCGCCAGUCCAUGCAAAGCCCGACAUAUUCUCUCGGAUCCGGCGUGAAGCGAACUAACUCGCUGUCUUAUCUGGAUCCAAGCACGCCGGGUGAGCUCUUCUUGGGGUCUUUCUCAGCCCUGUUGCCCUUCAUAGCUUGCGGUCGUUGAUCCCGUCCCUGUGGCAACAGUUCCAGUGAGAAUCGUGGAUCCUUCCAAGGACUUGAACUCCUAUGGGCUCGGAAAUGUCGACUGGAAGGAAAGAGUCGAGAGCUGGAAGCUGAAGCAGGACAAGAAUAUGAUGCAGGUGACGAGCAAAUAUGUGGAAGGAAAGGGAGGAGAUAUCGAGGGAACCGGCUCGAACGGAGAAGACAUCCAAAUGUAUGCCUUCUCAUGCUUCUGCAACCUCCUGCAUAUAUUAUUAUUGUCUUGUUGGUCUCUGAAAAAUCCCUCGCUUCACUCCGCCAACUUCCAAAGAAUCUUCGGCAUUCCAUGAUUUUGACUGUUCAUGCUAAAGGGUGUGAAAAAAAUUAAGCAAAGUUUUGAUUCAGAUGUGCCUGCUAGAAGUAUGGAACAUCAUCUAUCUACCAUCCUGUUUAGCUUUCCACAGAAUUUCAGUCCCUCGAUUUAGCGAUUGCAGCAUGCAAACAGCGCUCUGAUUGGGAAUUCUCGCAGGGCCGAUGAUGCUCGGCAACCCUUGAACCGGAUCGUGCCUAUUCCUUCCAAUCAGCUGAACCUCUACCGGGUGGUCAUCAUCCUCCGGCUCAUCAUCCUGGGCUUCUUCUUCCAGUACCGGGUCACCCACCCGGUGAAGAACGCCUACGCGCUGUGGCUGGUCUCCGUCAUUUGCGAGAUCUGGUUCGCUUUGUCCUGGCUGCUCGACCAGUUCCCCAAAUGGUACCCGAUCAACCGCGAGACCUAUCUCGACCGGCUGGCGCUCAGGUUGGUCAACGCCACAGUUUUAUCUGCGUGCUGCAUGUUUCAGGGAUUACUCCCCCCCCAUUUUGUGCUGAUGAAUGAGAGGCUUCUCUUCAUUCGGCAGAUAUGACAGGGACGGGGAGCCCUCCCAGUUGGCCCCCAUCGACGUGUUCGUGAGUACGGUGGAUCCCCUGAAGGAGCCCCCUCUGGUGACGGCGAAUACCGUGCUCUCGAUCCUCGCCGUGGACUACCCGGUCGACAAGGUCUCCUGCUAUGUCUCCGACGACGGGUCUGCCAUGCUGACCUUCGAGGCCCUCUCAGAGACAUCCGAGUUCGCCAGGAAGUGGGUGCCCUUCUGCAAGAAGCACAGCAUAGAGCCCAGGGCGCCCGAGUUCUACUUCGCCCAGAAGAUCGACUACCUCAAGGACAAGAUCCAGCCAUCGUUCGUCAAGGAACGCCGGGCCAUGAAGGUGAAACCUCGCCCCAAUCUCACCACCGGUCCAUGCGUCUGCCGGACUUUCGAUCCAUGACAUCCGCCUUCGUGGUCUCUCAGAGGGAGUACGAAGAGUUUAAGGUGAGGAUCAACGCCCUCGUGGCGAAGGCCCAGAAAGCCCCCGAAGAAGGUUGGACGAUGCAGGAUGGAACCCCCUGGCCUGGGAACAACCCGCGAGACCACCCGGGCAUGAUCCAGGUGACGCCUCUCCCCCUCUCUCUCUCUCUCAUCCGUCUCUCCGUCUGGGAGCUCAGUCGUCCUGAUCAUCGGGGCUUGUAUCGUCUCCUCCGCGCAGGUCUUUCUGGGGCACAGCGGGGGUUUGGACACCGACGGCAACGAGCUGCCUCGGCUCGUCUACGUCUCCCGUGAGAAGCGGCCUGGGUUUCAGCACCACAAGAAGGCCGGCGCCAUGAAUGCCCUGGUGAGUGAUUGGUUUCUUGGUCUCUCUGCCGGGCCGAGUUCCCUCUCCUCGCGGAAGAAUAAAAAAGUGUGCCGUCUAUCUUUUACUUGGUUCAUUCAGAUCCGGGUGUCCGCCGUCCUGACCAACGGAGCCUACCUCCUGAACGUGGACUGUGACCAUUACUUCAACAACAGCCAGGCGCUGAAGGAGGCGAUGUGUUUCAUGAUGGACCCCGCCCUGGGGAAGAAGACCUGCUACGUCCAGUUCCCCCAGAGGUUCGACGGCAUCGAUCAUCACGACCGAUACGCCAACCGGAACAUCGUCUUCUUCGACGUGAGCAAAAUCGCCUCCUUCUUUUCUCUACGGCAUCAGUGGAGGUUGGGUCUUCUUUUCCUCACAUCUGGGCGGCCGUCUCUGCUCGCAGAUCAACUUGAAGGGAUUGGACGGAGUCCAGGGCCCCGUGUACGUGGGUACGGGUUGCUGCUUCAACAGACAGGCCCUCUACGGCUACGACCCCGUCCUGACGGAGGCCGACCUGGAGCCGAACAUCAUCGUCAAGAGCUGCUGUGGGUCGAGGAAGAAGAAGGCCAACAAGAAGUACAUUGACAAGAAGAGGGCCCUCAAGAGGACCGACUCCACCGUCCCAAUCUUCAACAUGGAAGACGGCGACGAGGGUGUUGAAGGUUAGUACCCUCCAUCCCUCCUCCCUCCUCCCCCGUCUCUGUGUCUCUGUCUCUAACUCUGUCUGGACCGGCGGCGGCCGCAGGGUACGAGGAAGAGAGGUCGCUGCUGAUGUCUCAGAAGAGCCUGGAGAAGAGGUUCGGGCAGUCGACGAUCUUCAUCGCCUCGACGUUCAUGGAGCAAGGGGGGCUGCCGCCGUCGACGAACCCAGCGUCGCUGCUGAAGGAGGCGAUCCACGUGAUCAGCUGCGGGUACGAGGACAAGACGGAGUGGGGGAAAGAGGUGAGCGAGCUCCGGUCUCCCUCCCUCUCUGCUGGCUUGUUAGCCGCAGGGCUUCUCGAAAAGGGCCUCCCUCCUUCGCUGACAGACACCGUCUCUUCUCUCUCUCUCUCUCUCUCUCUCUCUCUGUGUUCUGUUCUCUGACAGAUCGGGUGGAUCUACGGCUCCGUGACGGAGGACAUCCUGACGGGGUUCAAGAUGCACACGAGGGGAUGGAUCUCGAUCUACUGCAUGCCGCCGCGGCCGGCGUUCAAGGGUUCUGCUCCCAUCAACCUGUCGGACCGUCUGAACCAGGUGCUGCGGUGGGCGCUGGGGUCCAUCGAGAUCCUGCUGAGCCGGCAUUGUCCCAUCUGGUACGGCUACAGCGGCAGGCUGAAGCUGCUGGAGAGGCUCGCCUACAUCAACACCAUCGUCUACCCCAUCACCUCCAUCCCCCUCGUCGCCUACUGCGUCCUCCCCGCCAUCUGCCUCCUCACCGGCAAGUUCAUCAUCCCGGAGGUAAAACUUCACUCUACCCCCGUCAUCCCACUUCACUCUACUGCGUCGUGCUGAGAAGAAGACACUAUCCAUUUCUCGUGGGUGAUCAUGGUCGGUUGGUCUCUCUGCUGGUACGCAGAUCAGCAACUACGCGGGGAUCUGGUUCAUCCUGCUCUUCGCCUCCAUCUUCGCGACUGGGAUCCUGGAGCUGCGGUGGAGCGGAGUGGGGAUCGAGGACUGGUGGAGGAACGAGCAGUUCUGGGUCAUCGGGGGCACCUCCGCCCAUCUCUUCGCCGUCUUCCAGGGCCUGCUCAAGGUGCUGGCGGGGAUCGACACCAACUUCACUGUCACCUCCAAGGCCACCGACGACGAGGGCGACUUCGCCGAGCUCUACAUCUUCAAGUGGACGACCCUCCUCAUCCCGCCGACGACCGUCCUCGUGGUGAACCUGGUGGGCAUAGUCGCCGGCGUCUCCUACGCCAUCAAUAGCGGCUACCAGUCCUGGGGACCGCUCUUCGGCAAGCUCUUCUUCGCCAUCUGGGUCAUCCUUCAUCUCUACCCCUUCCUCAAGGGGCUGCUCGGCCGCCAGAACCGCACCCCCACCAUCGUCAUCGUCUGGUCCAUCCUCCUUGCCUCCAUCUUCUCCCUGCUCUGGGUGCGCAUCGACCCCUUCACCCCGGACAGCCAGCGAUCCGUCGCCCAAGGCCAGUGCGGCAUCAACUGCUGA